CCCCGGGAACCAGGCUUGGUAAGAUCACAAGUGAGCAACCCAUAGACUAAGCAUCAGACCCUUAGUAUACUUACAGGGCCGCUUUAGCAUAUUAGGCUUGUCCCAGGAUGACGACGUCGCUCUCCCAUUCAUUAUCAUCCACGGGAUCGUUAUCUACCGUGCGAGAACAACAAAUACGAGCAAAGAAGGACAGAAGUGCCACGAUAACACACGAAAACUCAGACAACUCGCUGGCGAAUACUUUUAAAGCUGGUGUGGAGCCUACAAGGUUCCCAUCUUUAACUUUCAUAUCCCAAAACAUAGCCAACAACGACAGGGAAACAAGUAUUAAAAACGCCAACUUGAGAAGCGAGUUGAUUGAAAACAACAAAGUCAACAAGAAAUCAAAAGACGCUCUUUUCAACAACAUACCGACCGUUGCAUCUGUUAGCUCACCGACAACUACCACAUUUGCAACGUCCUUUCAACCAAGCACGAACAGCCAAAUACCUAAAGGCGGUAGCAUAAAUACUCUACAGACUGUUUACACUGAUGCAUAUAGUAGUCUCGAUUUUGAUGAUCUGAAAUCCAACAACAACGGCAGCAGUAACUACAACAAUCUAAACGACGGUUUACGCAUUCUUUCUCCGGGGGAGUUCCAUCCACGAGAUGAUGCCCAUUCGGCAUAUCAGCAGUCAAUAUAUUCUAACAACUUUGAGAGCCAUUUUCCAAAUCCUCCUUAUCAAAAGGUCAACAACAAUCAUACCACAGGAGUACACCAACAAAAUACCAACAACUAUAACAGUUGUGGGACAAAGGAGGGAAGUGAGUCUUUCAUAUACAAUGAUCUCAAUUCGAUGGAUAUUAUGAGUUUGAGCGAUCAGAAGCUUCAACGGAAGUUGUCUAACGGAAUUUUUUUGAGCAACCCCAUGACGAAGGAAAAUUAUCCCAACAUACCAAAUCAAAACUUGAUCAACAGUACAUCAAAUAAUAUUGCUGGAAAUGGAGCGACUAGUCAGAAUGAUCUGGAUUUUCUUGAUAACCAGUCGAUAUCUACUGUUGUUACAUCAAGCGAUGUGCAGUCAUAUAUGAACAGCGGCAAGAGGUCGCCAGCAACAAAACGUCAGUUAUACUACCCAUCCAAUAACCUGUCUGUUUCUCCAACUUAUUCCAAGGUUCGGCAGGUCUCACAAAAAAUAUUCAACAAUUACAACAACAACAAUAAUGCUGCCACUAAUUCUAAUACUGCUACUGGGCCCAUAGGAUAUACAAAAAUUGAUUUAAGUAAGAGAUUUCGUAAUAAUGUGGAUAAUGAAUUUUUUGAAAAUGUUGAUGAAUUUCCGAGCCACGAAUUAGAUCGGGAUAUAUUAGAAGAGGACUUAGUUGACAACGACAACGACAAGGACAACGACCAGGGCGAUGAGGAUGAUAUAAAUUUAAAUUUAAAUGAACUUGAUGAGCAUACUGGGCUUACCGAUGCAGAAUCAUAUUUGGCUAAGCCAUAUAAAAAGAGAAAUAAUUUCAAAGGAAAGUAUCAUUCCAAAAUUUCCCCUAUAGAGCAAAGUAUGUUUGACCACAUGGCUCGAGGUAACAUAAAGCGAAAUCGUUCACAUGUGAACAGCCCAAAUAAAGCAUAUGUAGAAAACUUGAAAAAAGGACACCAACGAAUGAACAUGAAAAUGAAAAAGCCAAGGUACGAGAUUUAUGGCAGUAUCAAACACCCAUAUUAUGAUUCACUGGAUGAAUACAACGUACAAGAUGGGCCUCCAAAUGAUGAGAACUCGCCGCAUGAUUAUAAAUCAUUAUAUUAUAGGCAAAACAUGUUUCUUAAAUUUAUUCUUUCCAGCAUUUACAUAUUUGUGCUGUUACUCAUGCUUUGCACCUGCUUGAAGAUUAUAAUAAUGAAAAACUUCAACAACACACUAGUGGAUUUUGAGGUUGCUGAUCUUGAAAACGUCCUGGUAAGUGACGAGAUUUUGUUGCUAGAUAUCAAAUCUCGGGCGUCCAAUACAAACUUACAAGACAUCAGCAUAUGGGAUUUGGGUCUUGAUUUGUUCUUGGUCACCGACGAAUCGAAUUUGAUGGAAGAAGGAGACAAGGAGGAUGUUGAAGAUGGGACGACAGAACUGGUACUUCCAGGCAAAAAAGAGAUCACGAUAUUGUUGGGGAACUCAAACAAGUUUUUGACACCAUUGAAGUUCAUUGGACUCUUGAACCUGCCAACAUGGUCGGAGGUGUGGCACAAAUGGAAGGACCCAUCACAAGUGCUACCCACCUUCUCUGGGGCUCAAUUGAAACUUUAUCAGCCAGGUAAGGGUUUUGUUUAUCAAGGUGAGGAGCUAUCUCAUGAUCAAUGGUUAAGGAUUCUUAACUCAAAGUACAAGAUAAUCUUGAGGGGGAAUCUGAAGUAUUCGUUACCUCUGGUUUGGCAGGACCAGUUCAUCAGUAUAUCUACGGAGAUUGAGAUUAAACCUAAAAUCUAAACGUCUUUGAUUCUUUUUAUAUACCGUACUAACUAUUUUUAUACUCCACCAAUCUUUCUAUAUCGCCUCUAAUUUUACGAUCGUCCUUUUCAACACCUCUCUGAACACGCAAGAGCAAUUUUUUGUCGAUUGCAGGACAAACAACGUCGUUCUUUUUAUCGAUGGUUG